AUGCGUGCAUGCAUCCUCUGUUUGUGUCAGAUGUCAUGAAACCACUCCAAAUUGAGCAAUCAAUGGAUUAGCAAGUUAAGAAUCUCUCAGGUGGAGAGCGGCAAAGAGUUGCAUUAUGUUUUUGUCUUGGAAAGAGCAGCCUAUUGUUUCACCAAAAGCCAUUAAGAGGUUUAUCCUUUAUGCAAAGAAGACUGCUUUUGUCGUUGAGCAUGAUUUCAUAAUGGCGACAUAUCAUGUUGGUAGGGUGACUGUGUUUGAGGGGAGACCAUCUAUUGAUUCUACUGCCAAUGCUCCCCAGUCUUUGUUAACAGGGAUGAAGCUUUUCCUAUCUCAAUUGGAUAUCACAUUUAGAUGCGACCCUACAAAUUUCAGGCCGGGGAUUAACAAGUUGGAAUCCACAAAAGACAAGGAGCAAAAUGCUGUUGGGACCUUUUAUUACCUCAACUAAGGCGUACCAGAGG